AUGGAAAACAUUGCUUUGGAAGAAGACAAAGGAAACUGUACGGGACAUGAUGCGAAGGUAAUCGACGAAGACGUUGAGUCGUCAUCAGCACUUCGAGACGCUGUGGCCAUGGACACUGACAGUAACAGCGGCAACGCCGUUGAGACCCAGAAAAAUGUCCAUUUUGACGAUCAUUCAGUUGGCGAAACCAUUGCUGACAUUGUGAAUGAGUUAAAAAGUUCGGGAGUCGUCAUGGAUGUUGACAUCACGAUGACCAGCAGCCCCCCGUGCAGCACCGAAGUUAAGCUCACAGAUGUGAGCCAGCACAACGGUUCUGGAAACACAGAUCACGCGCAUGAAGAACAAAGCCCUCUCGAACCAGCUUCAUCAGCUGGUACCGUCCCACUGUCGGAUCCUGUUUUAUCCGAAGAAGGUAAAAAUACCAAUAAGGACGCUACGCAGCAACAAGAAAUGCCGGAUGAGCAGGAACAACUGUCAGUAGAAGCUCCUGCAGGUGCAUCACCCGUUGAAGAGUCAGUCCUUGAAGCAACAUCGGAAGCAGAACCUGACGAAAGUCAGGGAAAAGAUGUCCAUGAGCCCGAUGGUAGCACCCUAAAGGAAACUGGCACACAGAGUGACGAAGCCAGUGAUUCCGACGAUGACAAGGAAGGUGAUCGACGUCUGUCACCUCGCACAAAAAGCAGCGUCAAACCUAGCUCAAAGGCAGGAAGCAGCCGAAGACAAACGAAACGACGAUCGCACAGCAUCUUGAAGGUUUCCAUGGCAGGAAUGUUACAUAAGAAUCGAGCAGGACCUAGAAGUAGCAAACGUGCUGCAGCUGCAGGAGGUCCAGGACCAAAGGACACAAAACAAACUCAAGACCUGGAGGGAGGUGGGAGCAGUGAUGGUGACGCUCUCGUAGAACCUGGAAAGCAGAGCAGAACGACGAGAGCUGUUGCCUCUGGCAAAAAAGGCGAAACAAAAGUUCCUGAAGAUGUAGAUGGACCUGAAGGCAAGGCAGAUAAAGCAACAAGAAAACGGUUAUCUCUGACAAGAACAACUCUGAGGAGCACUGGUGAUGAAGGAGGGGAGAGCGAAAAUGAAUCCCUAGUUGAAAUUGCCAAGCGCAGCAGAAAGAUGGCAACGGAAGAAGUUGCAGACGGCGGUAAAAAUAAUACACCCCAAAAUAAAACUGCAAAGAAGCUGAAGCAUCGGGCGAAGGCGGCCUCCAAAACAGGUGCGAAGCACAGAGGAGGAGCUGACGAACAAAGUUGGUCGUCUGCAAAAUCUGAAGGUGGCAGCAGCAUGUCCGACGUUUGUGACUGGAACUUUGAGGAGUUCGUUGAAUCCGAUCGCUACCUGAGAGAUGUGAUCGGCCGGAGCCUCGGAGCUAUCAACGGUCGCUUCCUCACCAUAGAGCUUCCAGACACCGUGAGGCAGCACAGAGCUUGGCACGCCCCACGGGCUCGCAGGUCCAGGCCUGUGGUGUUCGGAGGGUGUGAUCCCCACCAGGUGUACAUCGACGCAAUGGGUGUCAAGGUUCCCCUUAUUUGCUGGUCUCAGUUUGCUCACAUCACACCCAAAGUACUUCUCACCGAUAUAUUUGAAGAUGUGGUGCGUCAGCAGUCGUAA